AUGGUUUCUGCUGAUCUUCAAUUGCCCUCUGAUCUCAAUGAUGACCUGGCUGCCGUUCAUAUUUCUGCUAAGAGUAGGUUCAUUCCCCUUCCUUUCGACGAUGGCCUUAGUUCAGAGAGCGACGAUGACAGUGGCAGUGGCAGUGAUAUGAGUAUUUACGAGAGAGAUGUAGCCCCAGAGGUGGAGAAGGGAAUCACUACUUUUGCCUUUGUUUUAAACCGAGGGGUUAUAGUUGCUGUUAAUCAUCAUUCCUGUGAAUCUGUCGAGAACGUUAUUGAUCUUAGCAGUCACAUUCUUGUUGCUUUUUCUGGAGAGGGGCCUAGAUUGUAUUGCGUGGAUGGUGACGGUAAGCCUUCUUUAGAAGGAGUUGUUGCUGCUGGAUCUGGUUCAAUAUCUGCUACGUAUGGAUACGAUACGGGGGGUUUCCGUGAGGAUAUGCUUGAAGAGGAUGCUGUAAAGUUUGCCAAGGGAUCUAUUCGCUUUGCUGCAUCUAUGGUUAAACGCCACUAUGUAAAUGGACAAACUGGUCGUUUCAUUAGUGGGUACUAUGUUGGCGCUGAUGGCUGGAAGGUGGUUUUUGACAAGGAAGAUGUAGGAGAAACUGUGACUGAAUAUGAAUAUUCAUCAAUAGAAGAUGUAGAAGAUGCAUGA